CAAAUAGAAUGCAAUUUUUAAAUAGAGUAAAUUGAAAGACUGCUCUCUUCUUUGCCUUGAGUUUUUCCUAUUUUUGGCACUGUUGAUCGGUUUUGAGUAAAAUCGUGUGUAAUUUAUAUGGCGACAAAAUCUCUGUCCAGCCAUGGAACGGUUGCGUACUGGGGCAUCACCCCGGCGCUGGACCUGCUAGCCGAGCAGCAGAAUACUACGCAUGUUAAAGAGCUUAAUUCAUCACAAAGUACGGACGUCUCUUCAAAAAAGCCCAUCAACGUGCUGAUAUGUGCGGCUGCGGAUUGUCGUCACAUUAUCAAAACACUGGCUGAACGCUGCCGCGAUCCAGAAGCGGCUCAGCAAGAUAUUCAUUUUUACAUCCUUAAUCCGCUGCCCGAAAACACAGCGCGGGACAUUCUGCUGUUGAGUACGCUGUUUGAAGAUAUCACUCGAGCCAAGUCAGAGACGUUCCUUGAUCUAUACGGUAACCUCAGGAUUCGCGACCAGACACAAGCGUACCUGAAGCAAGCCUGUCAAGAACUGACCAAGUGGGUGGCGAACGAUCCCGCAACGAAGGUCUUCGCUAGUAACCAGUUUGAUAUAUCCCACUUGAAAUAUCGGGAGCGCGAUGAGCUGGAGCUGAUCUUCCGACGCUGGGCCGGAACCGGUACCGGAAACGAUCAACCUGGCUAAAUGCUGGUGCGUUAUGUCAGGAAAUGGUUUUACAGGGAGAAUCGACUGCGCCGCGAUCUGGAGCGCCGCUACGACCACCGCAUCGGCGCCUUCGACUGGGAUUUCUCCAUGAACCUGUGCGAGCUUGGAGCUACCGUCAUAACCGCCACCAAGUACUUCCGCUGGCGCGAAUCAGGGAUGGCGUUCGAGGCGCGGGACGAGAGUGCAUAUAUCCACCAGAACCCCACACUGGUGUCCAAGUUCUCGGUGUUCACGAAAGAUUCGAGCUACAGUUUACAGGGAUUCUGGGGCGACAUGCUGACUAGCCCGUAUAUCGCCUUCGGAACCGGGCAGGAUGCGGCACGAUACCGCAAACUCUGCAACAAUAUCGAUACCAUUGUACGGAAAAUAUUUAUUUGCGAUGGUAACACGGCGCCACCGAAGUACAAAUUCGUCUUCCUCUCGCCCGGUUCAUUCGGGAAGCUGUGCGAAAAAUCGAAAUACCAUGGACUGUUCGAUGUGAUUUACAUCGGAGGACGGGCGACUGUGGAAAGCACCGGCGCUGUCGCCACCGUCCUAGCGCCAACGGGAAUGGUGCAUUUCGAGUCGCCACGUUUCCUCAUCGGAUUGAAGAAAGACCGCUGUACAAAGUACUACGAGCAUAUCCAUCCCAAGAUGCUGCAGUCAGGAUUUCAAGCGCUGAGAUCGUACGACGAGAAGCCGGACGAUGUGUUCAGCUACGCGCGUAACCCUACAACUGCACAGAACGAUGUGAAGAAUGCAGAAGAAGCAGUUGUAGCGGAGUGA